AUCAUUACUCCGACCACUCAACUAACUGCCUUCACAUGUUCCUGGAUAUUUGCCAUUGGAGGCACCUCUCUCUACAGCUAUAUAGUACCUAGCUUUCCUCCUGUCUCAAUUCAUCAAAUUCAGUUUCGCCAUCAAUUUGGGUGAGCUUUUGUGUACUGUUACUUUCAUAGAAAUUCCUGCAUUCCAUGGAUUCCAAUUCCUCUCCUUCUAACACCAUCCCGGUAGUCUCGACGCUUGCUUCGCCUCUGGAGUCCCCUCCUCCUGCGGUCAACGCCGAUGCCGAUUCUUCAUCCUCAUCGGCCCGAAAACCCAUCACCAUGUGGCCUGGAAUGUACCAUUCGCCGGUCACAGAUGCUUUGUGGGAAGCGAGGCCCAGUAUCUUCGAGGAGCUUUAUGACCCAGAAAAAGACGGGCCUCCGCAGACCGAAUUUUUCACAAAAACUCCCGCCCAGAGCCGCACCACUAUUCUCUAUCGUUUUUCGUCUGACUAUACCUUGAGAGAACAGUAUAGAGAUCCCUGGAACGAGGUCAGAAUUGGGAAAUUGGUUGAAGAGCUUGAUGCCUUGGCUGGGUUCAUCUCCUUCAAGCAUUGUUCCGAUGACGACAGCACCACAAGGCCACUCUUGCUGGUCACUGCUUCUGUGGACAGGAUUGUGCUGAAGAAGCCGAUCAGUGUUGAAUUUGAUCUCAAGAUAGUCGGUUCUGUGAUAUGGGUCGGCCGCUCCUCAAUGGAUAUUCAAAUGGAAGUCACUCAGUCAAAUGAAGACUCAGUAGCUCUGACUGCCAACUUCAUAUUUGUGGCUCGUGACUCCAAGACUGGCAAAGCAUCUCAGGUGAACCGGCUCUCUCCAGAAACUGAACUGGAAAAGUUCCUAUUUGAAAAGGCUGAAGCGAGAAAUAAUUUGAGGAAAACUAAGAGAGGAGGAGGAGAUAGAAGGGAACUUGAGAAUGGGGAAGUGAAUAGACUCAAAACACUGUUGGCUGAGGGCAGGAUUUUCUCUGACAUGCCAGCCUUGGCAGACAGAGACAGCAUUCUUCUAAGGGACACUCGCCUUGAGAACGCUUUGAUUUGCCAUCCACAACAGAGGAACAUGCAUGGUCGAAUCUUUGGAGGGUUUCUGAUGCACCGAGCUUUUGAAUUAGCUUUCUCAACAGCUUAUGCCUUUGCUGGAUUGGUUCCUUGCUUUCUUGAAGUUGAUCAUGUUGAUUUCUUAAGACCUGUGGAUGUCGGAGAUUUCCUUCGUAUGAAAUCAUGUGUUCUGUACACAGAAGUUGAGAAUCCUGAGCAGCCUCUAAUCUAUGUUGAAGUUGUUGCUCAUGUAACGAGGCCUGAAAUGAGGUCUAGUGAGGUGUCAAAUACUUUCUAUUUCACUUUCACCGUACGUCCAGAGGCAAAAGCCAUGAAAAAUGGAUUGAGAAUCAGGAAUGUGGUUCCAGCAACAGAGGAAGAAGCCCGUCGUGUUCUGGCUCGCAUGGAUGCUGAGGUCUUGCAGAGGCUUGAUGAUCAAGAAAGCAUGCCACAAUAGUAAUGCGGUAUACAGUCGUAAAGUGUGUAAUUAUCAUACAAUUAUUUUAAAAAUAUGUAAAAUUUACUAUUAAAAAAAUUAAUUUUUUUAACUGGGGUGACUUACCAUAUCUGGUUUGAGCUCCUGGAUUGAUACUAAACAAAGUCUAUGUAUCCGUGUGGAGCUGUGGUUGAAUUGCUUUUGUGUGUCUACUUGAUUUUAGACCUCUGGGUGUUUAGGCGGAGAUGAUGACAUUGACGUCUAUUAUGAACAAUAGAGGUGCUAUCACCUGCUCACUGUUCUCUUCUUCAAUGCAAAUCGAUAAUGGAUUUA